AUGGCGUCACGGAAGAAGGUCCUCCUCAAGGUCAACAAGAAGUUCAGUGGGAGCUACAAGGCCACUAUCGGAGCCGAUUUCCUCACCAAAGAAGUCCUUGUCGAUGACCGACUAGUCACCAUGCAGAUUUGGGAUACCGCUGGUCAAGAGCGAUUCCAAUCAUUGGGUGUUGCCUUCUAUCGAGGAGCCGACUGCUGUGUCUUGGUCUACGACGUGAACAACUCCAAGAGUUUCGAGGCACUCGACAGCUGGCGGGACGAGUUCCUGAUCCAGGCUAGCCCUCGUGAUCCGGAAAACUUCCCAUUUGUGGUGAUUGGAAACAAGAUUGACGUGGAAGAGAACAAGCGCAUGAUCUCAGGGAAACGGGCCAUGACAUUCUGCCAGUCCAAGGGCAACAUUCCCUACUUCGAAACCAGUGCCAAGGAAGCAGUCAACGUUGAGCAGGCAUUCGAGGUCAUUGCCCGGAGCGCGCUCGCACAGGAAGAGGCCGAGGAGUUCAGUGGCGAAUUCAGUGACCCGAUCAACAUCCAUCUGGACAAUGAGCGCGAUGGCUGUGCCUGUUGA